GACUCUGGCAUCGCCUUCGUUAGCAACAGUGACCUUGACCACGAUUCGCAGCAGCUUCAUGCUCAGUUUUUGCAACAAGAACAACACCAGGAAAUCGGAGAAGUUGUUGAGAGCAGCGACGAGGAGGAAUUUGUCCCUCCAAUCAACGAUUUUGAGGAGCCGGAGUCACGUUUCGUACUCGUUUCUAGGCCAGACAAGAAAUUGCCCCAAGUCGAGUUCAAUAAGGUAACAAAGAACCGUGGACAUGGAUUGCUGUAUGGCGGCAGCGACGGAGUUGUUGCUUCGCGCAACACCAUAAGCUAUAAUAUGAAACACGGGGUCUUGUUAACAAGGCCAGCUGAAAUAUCACUGCAGGACAAUAACAUAACAUUCAACAACCAUUCUGGUAUUUGUGUGUUGCUCGGUGUAUGUUGCACGAUACAGGGGAAUGGCAUAUACCACAACAAAGAACAUGGUAUCCAAACUGCUGGCGUUGGAAUAAUUAAAGAAAAUGACAUCUUUGGUCAUAAAAUGGCUGCUGUUCACAUUAAGAUGCAGGGAGACCCCCACGUAACGAGAAAUCGACUGCAAGGUAUCCAACAAGAAUGCGUGUACGUGGAGGACAACACGCGGGGUUUGAUAGAGCAAAAUGAGAUUCACCACUACAGCUUCGUCAAUCCAAUUUACUACCAUCAGCACAGUCAAGUUCAAAUUGCAAACAACAAAUUUCAUGUUUUGAUAAAGCAAGAUAAUGACGGCCUAGAGACUGCAAUCGACUUGGAGUAUCUUAAUCUAAGCAAUCCUUCGCCAAGGCCAAUCAUGAAUAAUGAUAGCGAGAACAGAGGACCGUUCUUUUCCAGUCCAAAUCACGAGAAGAGAAGAGUAGACAUGCGUAGAAAUGUUGCUAUCAGUGCUUUGUGCUCUAUUUUGUAACCUCUAAAGGGUUCCUUUCAAAGGCUUCUCGCAACCUCGAGAUUGAUUUAAGCUCUUCAUAAGUACAGAUUUUUAUAUUCUCACAUGCAUCAGACCUUCAGCGUAACCGCUUACCAAUGUUUAUAAUCAGGGUGUUGUGUUUUGUAUUGGCUUUCGGACGACACUGCAAUGUUUACAAAUAUACUUUUGACAAAAUUGCACCUUCCAACUGAGUGCGAAGUUUUGAAACCUCUAAAUCAAUGGCCAAUAACACGAUGCUUUUCCAUCCCUAAAAAAACUUCACCAGCUGCAGUACUCUCAACUUACCAAGAAGCUGUUUAAGUGUGCGUAUUCAAUAAUGUCGGGAAAUGCUCCGGUUAUUCACAAUAAGUCAAUUACUGGAAGAUAUAAGUAGUGGUGGACACUUGGUCAAAUAAUGGGGGCAAGUCUAUUGUUUCGGUAAGGUGAUGUCACAUUUUUCCAUUGUUUUAAAACAAAUGACCAUUUCUUCCAAUAUAUUGGAAGGCAACUGCCUCUACGCCCCCCUCUCCCCAGGUGGCCGCUACUGGAUAUAAGUUUUAAGAGCUUAAAGGUUUUGACAAGUUGAAGAAAGUUACCUGCAGUGGUGGCGCUAGGUUUCCUCCGACAAAGGGGCUAGCACUUCCGACGGAGGGGCUAAUUUUUUUAGAGAACGAUAGGGCUAGGGGGCGACAAGGAAUUGUAAGGGUACUGGAGACCGAAGGCGAGCGUUGCGAGCCGAAAAUUCGGGGGGUCCGGGGGUACUCCCCCGGGAAAAUUUUGGUGGCUACACCCAUUAGAUUGGCUAAAAAUGCUAUCAAAAUGGUGUAAUCGUGUUUUUUACUACGUUUUUUGACAUAUUACUAAGGGCACGUUUGCCCCCUCCCUUGCCCCUCCUAGCAAAGGGCAGGAGGGGCGCUUGCCCCCCCGCGCCCCCCUUCUCCGGCGUCCCUGGAAAUUUUUUUUGAAAGCUGCCUCUAGAUAAGCUUAAAACUACUCUAAAUCUUUACAACUCAUCAAACGUUGCCAAUUCAAGUAGGGCCUAUCUUUGGAAAGUAUGAAUUUAAAUAAAAAGCAACCAACUGAACUUAAGGAAAACUGGAACACAACGUAACUUUAUAGGAACAGACCUAAGCGGUGGAAUACGCACUUCUACAUAUCGAAAAUUCAAGUCCAAGAAUCAAAAUUGUUUCACAGAGCAAUUCUACUCUUCGGGAACUUAGCCUUAAAUCUGUCUACUACUGAGUCCAAGUCAAGAGCACUUCCACGGGCACGAUGAAUACCUAGCAUCAUCAGACUGUCUAGACGCUCGUCCUUCAUAAGUGAGCGCAGAUCACUCUUGAUGAGGCGCAUAGAGCUGAAGCUGCGUUCACAUUCGGCUGAAGAGACUGGCAAAGUGCAUGCGAUGGAUACAAGCCGGUGCAGCUCAAAGAAAGCUUCAUUUAGCUUUUCCAAGUGUGCCUCUAGUUGCAGAAGUGUGCUUGGGCGGUGUUUUUCUUCUUUUCUUGAGAGCAUAUAUUUAAAUGUGGCAAUUUCACUGCGUAGUGCACCAAUUUCAGACUGAAAAAGCUCAGCAAAAUUGACAAGAGUUGUUGGGUCCAAGUAGCUUUUCGACUUGGGGGCCAAUGCAGUUAUGCCUUUCAUGAUCUUUAUGUUUUUUUCGUCAAACCGCUUGCAAAGUUCUGCAGUUGUUCUGUUUAGUAUUUCUUUGACAUUUUGUACGUAGCCAUCAAACCCGCUUGCUACUUGAGGCUCUGAAGAUGCUUCCACAACAAACUCUCGAAGAGAAGCAGGCGUUGCCCUCUUUCUUGGUGGUCUUUUUUCUUCCGGCAAUUCCAAGCGAUCCGCUGCUUCUUCGGCAGUAUCCCAGAACUCUUGAAUCUUAUCCCUGCUUUGACAGUCAUCCAGUUCAUCUUUCAAUGUUGCAAUGAGAUCAAUGGCUUGACUCAAAUCAUUGGAGGGUUUCUGCAACAUGUCAGACGCAAAUUUGGCUUUGUUCAAGACGUGUCGGAUGGCAAACAGGUAUCUCACAAAUUUCCUGUCAAUCUGCAGAAGAUAACCAGUAGCUUCUGUUCUGCGACCGGGGUUCGUAUCUGUGUCAAUCACAUCCUGCAGGACUUCCACCAAGAUAUCCAACCGCUCCCAGAAAACAUUGAAUUGCUUCGCCUGGCAAGACCAUCUCGUGUCAGAAACUUUUCCAAUUUCCAUCACAUGAACCUUGUGAUCCUCUUGGACCUUUACCCAUCGUACAUGAACGGUGCUGCUGCUCAGAAAAGAAUGCAGGCUUCUGAAUAGCGAUAUCAUGUCUGCCACACAACUGAUUGAUUUCACAACAUCGACGAUCACAAGGUUCAAUCGAUGACAAAAGCAAUGGACGUAGUAAGCCAUUUCAGCACCGGUUUUCAGAGGAAGUUUCCUUUGAACGCCAUUCAGGUGACCAGAAACAACAGAAGCUCCAUCGUAGCCUUGCCCCACGCAUGCUUUCAUGUUGGCUUCGA